CUCAGCAUUGCAAGAUAAACAGCCAUUAAGAUAUUAGAGAUUCAGCGAAAUCAAGUCCAGUAAUAAAACUGGUGGAAACCACCGGAAUAUCGGAAUUUACAAUUCGGACUACAGAAAGGAUGUGCUAUAUUUCCAACCAGGCUUGAAACUUAAUUUGAAAUGCCCAUCGUAACCGGUAUAUUUCAAUUUUUUAACAGGAUCUCAACGUGUGUGAUGGCUGCAGUCCAGUGAAUUGGCAUUUCCUUUUCUCUGCUGUUGGGAUUUCUUGGGAGCGCGUUGAUUGAUUUGUCUGUGAAUUUUAGCACGUUGGGGGUCAUCAAAGUGCUUUUACCUUUACUAUCAGGAUCUAUGGAGUGUACAUAAACAUUCGUUGGAUUGGUGUUGGCAAGUGGGGGCAACAAUGUGGGUUACUGGGAAGGGGAUACCGAGAAGACCCUAAAGCUGCUGUAACCCUUCUCCCACUGCCUCCAGUAGUCUGAGAAGGUCAGACUUAACUGUGGUGCGCCUGGGCCGCUGGCACUAAGAUGUCCCUAAGCAGUGGCACUGCAGGCGGGAAAGGUGUGGACUCUAAUGCGGUGGACACUUAUGACAGCGGUGAUGAAUGGGAUAUAGGUGUUGGCAAUCUGAUCAUUGACCUUGACGCAGACCUAGAAAAGGACAAACUUGAGAUGUCUGGCACUAAAGACGGUGGGGGCAUGGCUGCCCCUCCCAGCGCUGUAGCAGCUCUACCCGACAACAUCAAAUUUGUUAGCCCCGUACCCGCUGCUCAAGGCAAAGAGAGUAAACCCAAAUCCAAGCGAAGUAAGAACUCAAAGGAAAGUGGCAAGGCCUCGGUUACAGACGGGGCCAAGAAAGACGCCCAGGUGCGAACCCAGGGCGAGGUUAUGGGAUCUGGCAUUGGCACAGGUCCCACAACAAACACCAACUCUGGAAAGGGUGCUGAGAAGAGCAGCAAAGCCUCCCGUAAUGUUCCUAGUGGAAAGAAAGACAAGGAGGUGGGCUCUGGGAAAAGUAAGAAGGAGAAAAGUGAAGUUGUUGCUACAGGAGUGGCUAAUACUGAGAAGGAGAUAGGUGCCCCAAAUCUGCCUUUGGGGGGCCCUCGUAGCGUCCCAUUUGAUGGUACGCAAAAUACAGACUUGGCUGUGGCCGAACCACUUGGGAAUAUCGCCCUGGAUUCCACAGGGAUUGCUGUACCACCGUUAGCCAUUAAAAGUGAUCCAGAAGAGAUGGACAACAGUGAAUGCAGAAACCUGAAGAAAGUGAAAAGUGAAAAGAUGGAGUCUCUGGUCUCCACACCCAGCCCUCCACCCCUCCAUCUCCUGGCGCCGGUGGGCAACCGCAACGAAAGCAUCGCCUCGCCCUGUGAGCAGAUCAUGGUGCGCACUCGCUCAGUGGCGUCCAACACGACGGACGUGGCCCUGGCCACUGAUCCCGAGUGCCUGGGGCCCUGCGAGCCCGGGACCAGCGUCAACCUGGAGGGCAUUGUCUGGCAGGAGACCGAGGACGGUAUGCUGGUGGUAAACGUGACCUGGAGAAACAAGACCUAUGUGGGAACCCUCCUUGACUGCACAAGGCACGACUGGGCCCCGCCAAGGUUCUGUGAGUCCCCCACCAGCGACUUGGAGAUGAGGAACGGCCGGGGCCGGGGGAAGAGGAUGAGGCCUAACGGCAACACGCCUGUCAAUGAGAACAGCAACUCCUCAGACAACAAGGGCAGCGGCACCAGCAAGACGCGCGCCGCCAAUAACAGCAGCAAGAGCCGGCGGGGCAGCCAGACGUCGUCGGAGCGCCGCACACCGCCCAACAGCAACACGGAGGAUGUCAAGGCCAGCUCGUCGUCGGCCAACAAGCGCAAGAACAAGCCCGCCUCGGACAUGGAGCCAAACUCCAGCUCUGAGGACACCAAGGGCAGCAAGCGCAUGCGCACCAACUCCAACAGCGGCCCCAGAGGAGUGCCCCACACCGUCCUCCCCAGCAUUCCCACCAUUAAGGCAGAGCCCCUUCCCCCGCCACAACUCGACCGCAACUGCCCUUCGCCAGUGCUCAUCGACUGCCCGCACCCCAACUGCAACAAGAAAUACAAGCACAUUAACGGCCUCAAGUACCACCAGGCCCGCGCCCACAACGACGAUGACAUGAAGUUGGACAUGGAUGGGGACAGUGAGUACGGAGAGGACUCCACUCUCCACCCCGAUCCGGGCAGCUGCAACGGUGCCUCCAUCUCUCAGAAGGGCUGCUUGUCCCCGGCCCGCUCAGUCACACCCAAGGGCAGGGGCUUCGAGGCCCAGACUCCAUCGCCCUCCUCUGGGAAAUUUGGCUCCAAGCAGAGUAAAAAGAAGCCCUGCGAGGCCGACCCGGAGGCAGUUGGUAUGGCCAUAGACGGCUGCGAAGACGGGCCCUGCCUAACAGAUGAGGCCAGCAAUGACGGCAUGGACGACAAGAAAGACAGGGCCAAGAAGACGGGUAGCGGCUCCAAGGUGGACAAGCUGGCCCAGAAGGGCAUGAAGUCAGCGCGGCCCAUCGCCAUUGCCAUACCGCCUCAGCAGCUGUACUCCCUACAGACGGCCGGUGGCUUCCCUGCAGCCAGCCCCGGCUCCACCCCUGCCUUGGGCUCAGUGGUUCAGUCCAUUCCCAAGAGCCCGCAGCUGAAAGCCAUCCAGCCCAAGCCCUCGGCCCCGGGAGACCCCUCGUCUGUGAACCCAGCUCUGAGCGGCUCGAAGGACAAGAAGAAGAAAGACAAGAAGAAGAAAGAGGCGGGAAAGGAGGGAGACAGCCCCAAAGGGCUAGGGAAAGGGGGGAAGCCGGAAGAAGGCAAGAGCCCAUACUCUGAAUCCUCGGACCCGGGGAGCAAAGGUGAUGGACUCCUGAAUGGCUCAUCGGACCCCCACCAGAGCCGGCUGGCCAGCAUCAAGGCAGAGGCGGACAAGAUCUACAGCUUCACUGACAACGCCCCCAGUCCAUCCAUCGGUGUGGCCAGCAGGAUAGAGGCUGGAGGCAUGGCCCAACCCCUCACCCCGCUCCACGUGGUCACGCAGAACGGAGCAGACAAUUCCUCAGUGAAGACCAAUAGCCCGGCCUACUCGGACAUCUCAGACGCGGGCGAGGACGGCGAAGGUCGGGUGGAGGGCGCCAAAGGCAUCAAGUCCGAGGAGCAGGCUAUCCGAGAGAGUGCCAAGAAGGCCCUGUUCCCCGCCCAAACGCCCAGCAAGGAGUCCCCCUACUACCCCGGCUACGAGACCUACUACUCCCCGAACUACGCCAAUCCCAACCCUAGCCCGGGGGUGUCUGUCAGUGGGGCCACACUGCAGGAGGGGGCCCAGGUCAAGGUAAAGAAAGAGGAGCAGGAGGAGCCAGGCGAUGAGGACCGUAAGGUCAAGCAGGAGCUGCAGGAGGACCGUAAGCCCGAGAUGGGUGCCUCUGGACCGGGGCAACAGCAGCAGGCCUCAGUCAUCCAGCAGCGCUCCAACAUGUACAUGCAGCCUCUCUACUACAACCAGUAUGCCUACGUUCCCCCGUACGCCUACCACCCGGACCAGGCCUACCACAACCACCUGAUGAACACCAACCCAGCCUACCGGCAGCAGUACGACGAGAGGCAGCGGCAGGCAGCAGCCGAGCAGCACCGCGCCGCCGAGAAGAAAUCGGACGCUGCUGGAAAGGACAGGGAUCGAGAGGGCUCCUCGGGGAAGGAGCAGAGUGAGGAAUGGAAGCAGAAGGCUUCGGUGCCCCCCACCCUCUCCAAGGCCCCCAGUCUCACAGAUUUGGGCAAAGGAGGGCCACCCCAGGGCAAGCUGUCCAAAGAUCCCCCGUCUUCUUUGGAGCAGGCCAAGUCAUCGGUCAUCAUGCCCAAGGGUGAGGAUGCCAAGGCGCCGGCCCAGCAGGCCGAGGGGCUGAAGAUGAAGCUGAGCGAGGGAGGGCACCAUGGGAAGAGGGAGGAGCUCAAGGCGGGCAUGGAGUCGGGCAGGCCCUCGGCUAUGGAGCAGGGCAUGUGGUACAGACAGGAGCCUGACUCGAGGCUGUGGCCUUACGUUUACCCCAGCAAGUACCCUGAGGCCCAGAAACCACAGGACGAGGAGCGGUGGAAAGAGGAACGCGACAGGGAACGGGAAAGAGACCGAGAUCGAGCAGACCGAGAGAGGGACAGGGACCGAGACAACCGAGACAGGGAACGGGACCGAGACAGAGACCGAAAGGGCAAGGAGGGCAGGGAUGAGAGGGCUCGGUCCAAAGACGCCACCCCCAAGGAGGAGAGCAAAGAGGGGGCUGAGCCCCGGUCGUCGUUGGCGGCCUCUGAGGAGCACCGGGGGAUGGUGAAGGACCCGAGGGCCACUGCUGCCCACAUGCAGUUCUCCUCUCCCCUGGCCCAGCACCAGGGCUACAUUCCCUACAUGCACGGAGCCUACGGCUACGGCCAGGGCUAUGACCCCAGCCACCCGGGCUACCGCGGGAUGCCCUCGGUCAUGAUGCAGAACUACCCUGGUUCCUACUUCUCCUUCUCUCCCUACGGCAGUAAAAUGGGGCCAGGCGAAGAGGGCGGUGAGAAGGCGUCGCGCGCCAGCCCCACGGUCAGCGGCAAGUCCGCCUCAGAGGCCAAGGCCCUGGACAUCCUUCACCAGCAUGCCAGCCAGUACAAGAGCAAGUCGCCGACAGUCAGCGACAAGACCCCCUUGCACGAACGGGAACGGGAGCGUGCCGCUUCCGAACGAGACCGAGACAUAGACCGGCCGCGCUCCUCUACCUCGCAGCGCAUCCUGCCUUCCCAUCACCACCUGGGCUACCCGCUUCUCUCGGGGCAGUACGACCUGUCCUAUGCCACAGGUCUCUCCUCAUCAGCCAUUGUUGCCAGUCAGCAAGCCUCCGCCCCCUCCAUGUACCCCCCUACACGGAGGUGAGAAUGGGAGACCUGAUUGGCUGACCUCAACCUUGCCUGGAGCCAUGUGACUGGAUCACAUAAGGAAGCGUGCUGCGGCGCUCGUUUUUUAAACAUCAGUUCAAUGGUGUUUGUUGUACUUUUAGUUGAUUUUGCCUGGUUGUUCCGGCUGAUCUGGUUCCUCCUCCCUCAGCUUCAUUGAAGGCCACCCCCACAGCAAGGCUUCCUGUGGCUUGGUUGAGGGCUCACCGAGCCCACCUCCUCUGGUACCGCACGGCCAACCAACCAGCCAGCCAGCCAGUCCAUUGACUCCUUUGCACUGCUGAGACAUUCACAGGAAGGACUAAAAGGCCCGGAAUAAGGCCUGAUGAGACUGGCACGUUCUGAUGGGGUGAGGCCCAUCGACGGCCAUUUUGGAACUAGAGAGUGCAAAAGGGAGAGGAGGUUGAUCAGAAACAAACAGGAUUAAGUUUGAAAUCACUACAUGGAAAUAUGGACUUAAUGGAUUGUUCACGGAUCCUGGGCCUUAGCGUAGUAGAGUUGCAGCUUAACUUGAGGAAGUGGGUUGUUUCGUCCACCCAUCAACCUACCCACUGACCCUGAGGACAUCUUGAGACCUUCAUUGCAAUGGACCCAUUUAUUUUUCGGUUGUGUCUUUUAUU